UGAUUGUUGUAUGGUAGUAGAGUAAAGUGGCGAAAUAUUUUACAGAAAGUAGAAAGCAAGAAAAGCGUAAAUAUGGGUAGAGGCGCAACGCCCACGUUCUCUCUUCAUCCCUCCAUGUCCUCUAUACCACUCCAGCUCUCUACUACUAGUCUCAGUCUGGUGGAUCACAAUCAUGAAAAUCCCUUUCAACUUGUUCUCAGCGCCUUGGCCUUAUCUGCUACUCCUCUAUCUACUCAUUAUCGCCGGUUCCGCUUAUGGCUUCGGCUCCAUGGGCCCCAUUUCAGCCUCCUUCGGAGAUCACGCUCUCUUCUGCGCCAUUGAUGCCAGCGGCAAGCAAGCCGUCGUUUGCUGGGACGCCAACAACAGCUCCUCCACGGCCUCCACCGCUCUGCCUCCCAUGGCCGCGCUCUCCGGCGGGGAGGGCUUUCUCUGCGGCAUUGCAGCCGACACUUCGCAGCCAUUAUGUUGGGACUCUACGGGAUUCGCCCAAGCCUCCGAUCUCGUGCCGGAGGCAUUCAAGCUCAACUCAUAUUCCCACAUCGCUUCCGGUAAGGAUCACGUGUGCGCGAUUCGCGGAUCGUAUUUCUCGGAAAACGUCUCCGGCUCCGUCGAUUGCUGGGAUGUUGUCAGAGUCUCCAAUACGAGUCUCACCUCCAAACAGAGCGUCCGUUUCUACGAUCAGAACACUAGCUCCCUCGUCUUCACUAGGCUUGUCUCCGGAGAUGGCUUCAGCUGCGGCGUAAUUAUCGACGGAGGGAUCGCGUGCUGGGGCCCCAACUCCACUGCUCUCGGCGUCUCCGGUGUAUCGGAGAAUUUCGUGGCGCUGGCUUCCAACGUUGAGUCAAUCUGCGGCGUUUCGCAGAGGUCCGGCGAGGUAAAAUGCUGGGGCAACAGCGACACUCCUCCAGCCGGCAUGAGACUGGUGGCGCUGGCGGCAGGGUCGCAGCAUUUCUGCGGGAUCAGAGAGGAUAAUCACGGGAUAGAGUGCUGGGGAAGUUUCAACGCGUCGUUGAUCCCCAAAGGCGCCGGUUUCCUCUCCAUCGGCUCGUCGGAGUGGCUCACCUGCGGGAUCAGAGAAGGUGAUCUGGUUCUCGAUUGCUGGUUCGCUAAUGUAUCAUCUCAAGUGAACUUCAAUCCGCCAUUGCAGCUCUGCAGCCCGGGAUUGUGCAGAGCCGGCGGCUGCGGCGAGGGGAUGUUCGGCUUCAACGCCAGCCUGCUCAACGAGCCCGAUUUGACGAGCUUGUGCGUGAGGAAGGAUCUCAACAUCUGCUCCCCUUGUGGCUUCAACUGCACCCAAGGCUUCUUCCCUUCCAGUCUCUGCAGCUCCAAUGCCGAUAGGGUCUGCACGCCUUGCUCUCUCUGUCAGAACAGCACCUGCGAGGAUGUCUGCAAGCUCAAGUCAUCACCGCCGUCGCGUGGGGAUGAGCUGCGCCAGCUGCUUCUCAUCAUCGGCUCCUCCGCCUCCGGAUUCAUGCUCAUCCUCAUCGCCUGGUGCCUUCUACCCCGUGUCGUGGUGGCACGGAACCAGAAGGCCAGGCAGUGCCUUUCCUGCUUCGGGCAGCCUGAUCCCGAAGCAGAUGGCAAUGUGGAUCAGCAUGCUCCGGCUACAGUCGCCCCGUGCCCCGGGGUGGCUCAGGUCUUCCGCCUCUCUGAACUAAAAGACGCGACCAACGGCUUUAAGGAGUUCAACGAGCUCGGAAGGGGAAGCUAUGGGUUUGUGUACAAAGCUGUUCUCACAGAUGGGAGGAAUUUAGCCGUUAAGAGAGCCAAUGCAGCUACAAUAAUCCACACAAAUAGCAGAGACUUCGAGACUGAGCUCGAGAUCCUCUGCAAUCUCAGGCAUGCCAACAUCGUCAACUUGCUGGGCUAUUGCGCGGAGAUGGGGGAACGCCUUCUGGUCUACGAGUUCAUGCCACAUGGAACCCUCCACGAUCAUCUCCAUGGCGGCCUCUCCACUCUCAACUGGACCCUCAGGCUCAAGAUUGCAAUGCAGGCAGCCAAGGGGCUUGAAUACCUGCAUAAGGAAGCCGUGCCUCCUAUCGUCCAUCGCGACGUUAGGACCUCCAAGAUCCUCUUGGAUGCUGACUGGGGAGCCCGAAUAUCAGAUUUCGGGCUCCUCACCCCCAAGGAAGGGGAUUCUAAUGAAGACAUGAAAAAGGAUGUUUAUGGCUUUGGAGUUGUGCUUCUUGAGAUACUGAGUGGGAGAAAAGCUUACGACGAGGACUGCUCCCCUCCCAACAUAGUAGACUGGGCACUGCCUCAGAUCAAGCAGGGGAGGGCUGCUGCCACAAUUGAUCGCUACGUGCCUCUGCCUAGAAACGUCGAGCCUCUGCUGAAACUUGCAGACAUAGCAGAGCUUGCUCUCAGAGAAGAUCCUAAUCUGAGAGCUUCCAUGUCGGAUUUGGCUCUUUCACUCGACCAGUUAGUCAAGGAAGGAUUGAUUUUGUAGUUUCGGAUUCAAUUUUCUAUAAUUUUUUGGUGUAAUUUUUUUUCCUUCCUGCAAAGGUGAAAGCUUGAAAUGCUUACGUGUAACAAUAAUCCUGCAAUUGUACAUUUUUAUUAUGAGCUUGUUGUAAAUGGUAUUACUUACCAAGUUCAAUCCAGAUUUUCCUCAGGUUUACAGAAA